AAUUUUCACACACGUGUCCUAAUGAGUCAAACAACACGUGUGAAAUAUUUUUCAAGAUAUUUUUUUUAAAAAAAGUAAUUUUUUUUGCAGUAACACUUUUACUCUAGUUAAUUAUUAUAUUAUAAUUUAAUAAUAAAAAAAAAAUUAUGAAAUAAAUAUUUAUUUUGUACAAAACCAAAAAAAAAAAAAAAUGGUUGUUCUCGAUAAACGGAGGACAUUGAUUAUUUCUACGGCUGGUAAUUUUUUUGGUAUUACAUCGCAACUUGAUUCUGAAAUUGUUGAUUCCUCAGUUCUUGAGAAAUUUUUAAAUCAAUCAUCAUGUCGAACAUUGUGCGCGCAUCCAACUUUUCAUGAGGAUAAUGAAACUUUUCUCAAUUUAACCAAUGAAUUGCCAAUUGGAAAAAAUACACUUGUCUUUUUUAAGGUGAACGAAGCAAGAGUGACAGAAGAAAAUUUUCAUGAUCUCGUUCAUGUUACAUCGACGGGUAAAAAUGGUGGCUCAUCAUUGAUUGAGGCACUUCGUCAAGUUUGGGCACCAACUUUAAAAUCAUCAGGUGUCGAUGCGAAUUCAUUGAGAAAAUUGGAGGAGGAUAUUUUGGGACCAAGACCAUCAUUGACAAUUGAGGAAGAGGAAUUAUUUUGGCAUCGACGUUCUAAGGAAUUAAAAAAAAAUGACGAAAAAAGAACACAUCUUGAAGUUGUUAGUUUUUUGAAAAAAAUCCGCGUCGAACUUGAGAGUGCAGCAGUUUCCAAAGAAGGUCUCGCUGGACUGGAAGAGACACUCGAAGUUGCUUCCGGAUUCGCUGACGAUUUAUGGAAACUAACAGGUCAAAUUUACAGCGAAGAACGCAUGAAAACGUUAUUGGAUAUUGUUGGAAAUGAAGUCGUAACACUAGUUGAAAAUUUAAUAAAUGGGGGUAAAUCUUCUGAAACUCGAGUAAAGGAUGAAACAAUAGAAUUAGGAGCAUCAGCUUGUGAAAAAUGGAUCACAGUAUCGGAGAGAUUGACGACAUUAUUUUGGCCUCAUUAUUCUCUUCAUCCAUGGAAGGGACCAGCGUUUACACCAAAAAAAUGUUCAAAAUUAGGAAACAGAUUGAAAGAAAUUGCCGAAUUUCGUGCACAACAUCGACAAUUAACGAGACUUUUGUCAUCGAAAGAAAGAAUUGGUCUUGGAACAAAUUCCGUUCUCGAUGGCUUCGGUGACAUUGAUGGUUUGGCUGAGGAUCACAAGGAUUUUGAUUGGGAGAGAUUGCGACGAAGAUUCGAAGAUGGUUUAGUACCGGCGGAGAAAAAAGUUGCCGAAAAAUUGAAAACACAAAUUGCCGAGGCAAAAAAUUCUGCAACAAUGGCUGAGGAAUUUAGAAGAUAUCGAGAAUUAAUAAAAAGAGAACGAAUUAAAAGAGAUCUUCGUAGCGAACGUGAAGCACUUUUGUCAGCUUACAAUCAUCUAGUUGAAUCCUGUCGUGCUGGUCCAGAUACAGAAAAUCUCCUCGACACACCUUUGAUACUACAGGAAAUUCAAACAAUUCGUGCCUCGGAAAUAAAAUUAGAAAAUCUCCAAAAAUUGGGAAAAGAUCUUCUGGCGGAUUUACCUGGUUAUGAGGAAGCUGCAGAGAAGGUUGCAUCUGCUGCCAAAGACGCUGGAAAAAAGAGACAAGAACUCGUUGAUAAUUGGAUUUCAGAAACAACUGACGCAAUAGCAAGCAGGGAACUCACGUUAGGUACAGAUUCAGCAGUUGUUGAAUUAACGGGAACAAGUAUGAUGAGAGUCAAUUAUGAUCCACGUUUAACGACUUUUAUCAGAGAAGCCAGAGCUUUGGCCGGUCAAGGUGUGGAGCUACCUAAGGAAGUGAAAAAUUUGGUAGAACGAGCUGGAUUAUUGGCAAGUAGAGCCAGAGCACUUCAGCAGAUUGCAAAUUUUCAUAAUACAAUUGGAGAUCGUAUGGUACCAUCACAAAGACCAUUGAUGCUGUCAGCGGCUCUUGAACUUGCUCGAGCUGUUCAGGAACAAUCGGGAGUUGUUUGGUCCGAUCCUCAUGCCGUUGAUGCCUACACUGCUCGAUUAAAUCGCCUUGUUAAGCUCUUUGCUCAACAGAACGCGGAACUUGCGGCUAAACAUUCAACAUUAAAUGAUUUGGUAUCGAAUUUAUUGAAAGGUGACGCUGUGAAUUUGGCAGUUAAUCAAAAUACUUGGAAGGAUACGUUAAAGAAUAUGAGGACAAUUGUCGAUUCUGUGGAAGCUGAAUAUGGAAAUACAAAAGCUUGGAAAUUACAUUGGGAUCGUCAGUUAUUGAAGGCAUUAAGUAUUGCCUAUAGAGCAGCUCUUCCGACGUUGAUGAAAAAAUUACCAGAGAUUCGAGUGGAAUUAACAUUUCGCUAUGGAUCUCUACAAUGGAGACCAACUUUGGAGGAAAUUCGAGCUAAAAUUUAUUCCGGAAUUCGACGAUUUCUAGCAAUUCCAACUAAUUUUCGUGGAGUUGGUGAUCCAUCUGAUGCGGAGUUUCAUACACUUGUACAGAGAUGCGCCUAUCUUUAUGGAGGUGUUUAUAAAGAGGCUGAAAUGGUUUUAAGUUCCCUGGAAGCACUUCGAUGCAAAUGGAUACCUUUGGCAGCACCGGCGAAAAUUGACGCUGGCGAACAACUCAAGGGAAAAAGUCCUCAGGAAUGGGAACGAGCAUUUAAGGAGGCAAAACAAUGGGCACAGGAAGUUGGUAAAUUACGUGGAAGUGAUGUGAAAAUUUGGUGUGUUGUCGUCGAUACAGCAACGGCGCGAAAUGAUUUAGAAUCAGCAUCAAGAAGAUAUUGGGAGAGAAUGUCUUUUGAUUUACGUGCAGAAGCUUCAUCGAGAUUGGUGGCAAUUGUUGAUUUUCUAUCAGCAUCAGCAAGAGAAUUGGACAAGAGACCGCAUAAUGUUGAAGAAAUUGGUUUGGCCUAUGAGACCUAUUCUCGAAUUCAAAAAGCAUCAGAGGGAAUAUCUAAGGAAUUAGACGAUGUUACUGGUUUGGCAAGAGUUCUUGCUGCUUGGACCCGAGAGAAAUUAGAAGGAAUAAGUGCCGCACAUGCAACAUGGGAAAGUUUAACCGACAAAUUACAACGUCAUCAAGCGGUGAUGAUUCGUCAGGUGGAGGACGCGAAAGUAAAUCUACGACAUAAGGCUAUUGCUUUGCGUGACGAUCGAGAGAGAUGGGAAACUAAAUGGUCAUCGAAGCCGGAGGAUAUUACCAUCGACUGGUUAGAUUCGAUGAAGGAAAGGUGGACAACUUUGAAAAAUCAGAAAGAGGCGUUAAAAUCUGAUUGUCAAAGAAUUGGAAUUGAUCUCGGGGAAAUAUUUCAAGAAGAAGAUAAUGCUGAUUCUUUAGAAGCGGAACUUGAAGCUGAGGAGGUGAAUUGUAAAUUCCAAUCAGAGUUCAUUGAGGAGUUAAAGAAACAGGAAGAUGAGGAAUGGUCAGUGGCUAGAAGGAGAAUAGCUAGACUUCACGAUUGGUUAGAUUCAUGGGAUGCGAGACUUAAGGUUCAUUCCAAGGAUCAGGAAUUCGAUCAAGAAAGAAAGAAAGUUUUACCAGAAUCCUAUGUGAAAAAGAGAAUAGACGAAAUUAGAAGUGCAAUUGAAUGGAUACAGAUUCUUCGCGGUGAUGAAUUGGCCGAGGAACAUUGGGCAGAAUUGAAGCCAAUUUUGAAAUUAAAUGUUAAUACGAGGGAUAUUAGUUUGGGUGAUUUGUUGAGGUGUUAUAAAAAUAUACAGGAGAAUGAAGAUCGUGUUAAGGAGAUAACAAAAAGAGCAACUGCCGAGAGUGGAAUUCGUCAGGCUUUGGUUGAGUUGGAAGCCUGGGAAGGUUCAACGUCACUUCCUCUGCAAGAAUCAACGGAUAGUAAGAAUAGUAGAAUCUUUUUGGUUGGAGAAUAUGGACCCCUUUUGGCAAGAGCCGGUGAACUUAGACUUUUGCUCGAGGGAGCAAGAGGUGCUUCGGGUUAUGAAAGAUUUGCCUCUAGGGCUUCUAGAUGUGAGGCUGCAUUGUAUGAGUUGGAGGAAAGAAUCAAAAUUUUGAGUGUUUUGCAGAGAAAAUGGGUUUAUUUGGAACCUGUUUAUGGAGGUGGGGCAGCACCUAAUGAUACUGGAAAGUGGUUGAGAGCUGAUAAGGAAUUUAGAUAUGUUAUGAAUGAGGUUGUCAAGGAUCCUAGAAUUCCGUCUUUGAGGAAAUUGCCACUUCCAGCUUUGACGAAUUUAAAGGAUCUGCUGGACAGAUGUCAGAGAAGUUUAGAUGAAUUCUUGGAGGAGAAAAGAUCAUCAUAUCCUCGUUUGUACUUUCUAAGUGAUGAGGAUCUUUUGGAAUUGGUAUCAGGAACUGGAAAAGGACUCGAGACACAGUUACCUAAACUUUAUCAAGGGGUUGGGACAAUUGAAAGGGAGAAGAAUGUGAUAAAAAGUGUUGUCUCCCCGGAAGGUGAAGUGUUAAAGCUUCCACAACCUGUAGACACCACAGAAUCGCUGCCUCAGUGGUUGAAGAAUUUAGAAGAAGGUAUGAGAAAUGCCCUACGUCAGAGUUUGUCCAAAUGUCUCUCCGAUUCAUCAGCAGAUCCCACAUUGUAUCCGGCACAAAUUUUACUUCUCAGUGGAAGGAUUUUGUUUACUGAAAAGUGUGAAGUUGCUAUAAAGGAAGGUAAACACUCGGUUAAAAAACUUUUGGAGUAUUUGGAAUCGCAGAGGGCGAAGUUUAGAGGACUGGAAGAUGCUGGGGAUAGGCUGACGUCUCUAAAGGCAAGAGGUCUUUUGCUCGAUACGGUUCAUCAUUUGCAGGUGACUAGAAAUCUUUUAACUAUUUUGACAAAUAAAGAAAAUGUUUCUUGGAGUUGGAGCAAACAGUUUAGGAGUUAUCGUAGAGGCAAUGGAGCGGUUAUUAAAUGUGCCGGAGCGGAAUUUUCCUAUCGGUUUGAGUAUCAAGGGGCUGCUUUGGGUUUAGUACGGACACCAUUGACGGAGAGAUGCUUUUUAGCACUUACUCAGGCUAUGAAGUUGGGUUUAGGAGGAAGUCCCACUGGACCAGCAGGUACUGGAAAGACUGAAAGUGUAAAAGCUUUAGGGGCAUUUUUGGGACGUCUUGUAAUUGUCUUUAAUUGUGAUGAGGGAAUGGAUGCUGGAAGUAUGCGAAGAAUUCUUGGAGGACUUGCUCAGGCUGGAGCUUGGGGAUGUUUUGAUGAGUUUAAUCGUCUUGAGGAAGAGACGCUUAGUGCUGUUGCCAUGUUGGUGAGACCUCUUCAAGAAGCCGUGAGAGAUGGAGCAAGUAAUGUAUCACUAGGUUCACAAAAUGUGCCCCUGGAUUCACAUUGUUGUGUUUUUAUUACAAUGAAUCCUGCCAGUAAUGAUUAUGGAGGUCGUCAUAAGUUACCAGACUCUUUAGCUCGUCUAUUCAGACCCAUUGGAAUGGCACAUCCAGACAAGAUAAAUAUCGUUAGAGCCCUUUUGGAAUGCGCGGGAUUUUUAGAAGCUUCCAAUCUUGCUAAUCAAUUGGUGGAGAUUAUGGACAUUGCAGAGAAAUUGUUAUCCAAACAGCCUCACUAUGAUUGGGGUCUCAGGGCAUUGAGAUCCGUUCUUGAUUCAAUUCCCUCGAAUGUUAAGUCUGAUACAAGUGAAAGUAUGAGGCUAUUAAUUGCCAUUAAAGCCUCAACUUUACCCAAAUUGAAUGAAGAAGAUACAGGUAAAUUCUUCGGGCUUUUGCAGGACGUAUUUCCAAAAAUAAAUUUAUCCACUGUGGAUUCAACAGAUAGGGUGGAUUUACAAAAAAGUUUGAUGGAAAUCUGUGAAGGUAGAGGAUGGCAAGAAAACCUCAUUAGCAGAUGUUUACAGUUGAAUGAUCAAUUACAGAAUCGAACUGGUGUGGCUAUUGUUGGACCUCCAGGUAGUGGGAAGACAUUAGUUAGGAAAUUGUUAGCUGAAGCUUUUGCAAAGAUAGGACAACCAAUUGUACAAAUUGUUGUCUAUCCAGGAGCAAUGCCAAAAUCGAAGCUUUUGGGAAAAGUCGAUUCUCAAACGAGGGAAUGGAAAGAGGGACUUUUGGCAAAUGGCGUUGCGUCAGCUGGCGAUGGACCAACUUGGAUUGUAUUAAAUGGAGACGUUGAACCAGGAUGGGCAGAAGCUUUAAAUUCAGCACUAGAUGAUAAUCGAAUACUGACACUUCCUAAUGGUGUUGGAAUGAGACUUGGAAGUGGUACAAGAUUUAUUUUUGAGACACAUAAACUUGAUGCCGCGAGUCCGGCAACAGUUUCACGACUUGGAGUUUUGCAUCUUGGAUCAGCGACAAUUUCUUCUCUGAUCACUCCUGGUAUUUUGGAAGGUCUACCAGUUAUUGGAAAAGACAUUGCUAAUACCCAUUUGAGUAGUGUGAUUAAACAGGUGUUAAGGAUCAAUAAAGAAUAUUCAUCGGCGUCAGGAUUGAUAAAUAGUGCUCUUCCUCAUUUGAUUAAAGCUCAUACGCAGACAUUGGGAACUUUUUCACUAUUGGCUCCUUUAUGCAGUCAGAUUAAGGAUUCUCAGAAAAGAGAUCAGUUGGCUCGAUCUAUUUACCAGUUAACGGAUUGUUGGUGUCCAGAUCCACAAAAACCGUUUUCGAUUCUUUAUAAUCCUGAAACAGAUCGACUGGAACCAUUGGGUAAUUCAAAUGAAUCAGUAAUGAGUGAUAGUGGUCCUGUUAAUGUGUCAGGAACGAUGAAGAAGGCAAUGGAGAUAAUUCUUCCGUGGAUUGGGAGCUGUAGAUCGGUUCUUAUACGAGGACCCGAUGGUUGUGGAAAGACGGCUUUGAUUGGUAUGAUUUCGUCAUCAAUUAGGGAUAAUGAGGGAGAAUCUUUGGUGGUUGUUAGAGGAUCUUCGCUUUAUGGACCAGAGGAUUUAAUUGCAAGAUUAAAAAGGGUUUGUGUUCAGGUAGAAUCGUCGUCACAGGGAAGAACAUAUCGACCUAGAAAUGGUUCACGUUUGAUAUUAAUUUUGGAAGAUCUACAUUUGGCUUCUAAGGAUUUACAGGAACUUCUUAGACAAUUGUUGCAGGAAGGAGGAUUUCAUGAGGAUGAUUUAGAGUUUGCAAGUAUUUCUUUAUCGGUUAUUUGCAGUGGAGAUUUAAAUACGAAAAUUCAUCCAAGGUUAAAUGCGCUUUUGAUGAUACACUAUCUUCCUCGGCAAUCUUCAAAGGACAUGGUGGCGAUUGUGGAACUUCAUUUGAGAAAUGCUUUGAAGAAAAAUGAUGUUAUGGUUGAGUCCUGGAUUUCUAGAGUUGCUCCCGCCAUGGUAGAGGCGUUUGGGAAUAUUUUUCCGGAGGAUUUAUCUUCACGGUGGUCGUACAAGGAUUUGGCUCUUUGGGCUGAUUCGUUGAGGUAUUAUCCGCUGCCUGAAGAUGAAUCAGAUAUUACCUGUUAUUUGAUAUACUCUGGACGACAGUUGUUUAGACCUAAAUUAAAAGCAAUUGAUCUUCAAAAGUGGGAGAUGAUAAUUACAUCAAGGGUACCGAAUGACAAGGGUUUAGAUGACGUUUUUGUAUGGAAAGGAGUUGGUUUGUCACCAAUGGAGAAGGAAUCAUGGAGGAAGGAGAUUGAAGGUGCAGCGGCAAAAUGUGCGAGAGAAGGAGAUCCACUACAGGCUGUGAUUUCGUCUCAUCUUUUACAAACGACUGCGGGAAUUAGUUGGGUUUUGGGUAAUGAACAACGGGGAAUUGUUCUGAUUGGGAAACCUGGUGCUGGACGCAAGUCAUCUGUGAGAUUAGUUAGUACGUAUUUAUCGAUGAAUGUGGUUUCUUUUGGUCCAGGUAGAGGACGGCCGGCGAUUAAGGCGGCUGUGCAAGGAUCCGCAAUUGACGGAGAAGCUACAAUACUUCUUUUGGAGGAGCAUCAUAUCAGAGAGGAGGGUUUAGCGAUUCUAGCCGGUGCCAUCGUGUCGCAAGGUGAAAUACCAGGUUUACUGACUCCGGAAGAGUUAGAUGGACUCGUUGCUCCACUGGCUGAACUUGCCAGAAGGGAAGACUUUCCAGGAACUUUGGAACAAUAUUUCUAUCAUCGUUUACGAACUCUGCUUAAGGUUAUCAUAAUUUUGGACGUUCAUGAUGUGAACGCUGCUUGGUUAUCAAGAUCAAGUCUUUUGAAGCAGUGCAUAGUUGUUGGUUACGGGCCGGGUAGAGAAUGGUGGACUUUGGAGAAAUCUCUAAUGGAAUUGGCGUCUCAACAGACGGACGUAGAAAUUGAAAAUGAUUCUUCGGGUGUUAAGGAAUUAGUUAAGGCUCACUUACAGGUUUCUCGGCACCAACAAGCUCCGGCUAGAUUCUUAGCUCUUUUGAAUGUAUGGAGCCAACUUCGGGAGAAGUGGACUAAGGAGAUAGAAGAGAAACUUCAGAGUCUUGAGGCUGGGAUUAGUAGACUUAGAGAAGCUGGGGAAAGAGUCGCUAAGUUGGAAGAGGAGGCGGAUAAGCAACGGCAGGAAUUGGAGGCCGAGAAAGGAAGAGCCAAUGCAGCUUUGGAGCAAAUUACAGCUACUAUGAGAGGUGCCACUGGUCAGAGGGGAGAAAUGACAACACUAAAAGCGGCUACAGAACGCGAAAGUGCGGAAUUAGCGCGACGAAAAGCAGAUAUUGAAAGUGAAUUAAGUAACGUUGAGCCUCUAGUUGAACAAGCUGCUCAGGCAGUUGCGGGAAUCGGUGCUGAUGCAAUUUCUGAAGUUCGAUCCUUGAGAGCACCUCCAGCGCCUGUUCGAGACGUUCUUGAGGGUGUUUUAAGAUUAAUGGGAAUUAGAGAUACUUCUUGGAAUAGUAUGAAAACUUUUUUGGCAAAACGAGGUGUUAAGGAGGAAAUUAGAUCAUGGGACGCUAGACGUAGUACUCCGGCAAGUUUAGAGGCUGUUGAUAAGCUUGUAAAAGAACGACAUGAGAGUUUUGAGGAGAAGACGGCGAAAAGAGCUUCGGUGGCAGCGGCUCCUUUAGCUGCUUGGGUACUUGCCAAUCUGCAGUAUGGACAAAUUUUGCAACAAGUUGCACCUUUGGAGAAGGAACAGCGAGCCUUGGCGCAGAGUUUAGCUGUUGCUGAAGCACAACUUGGAAAAUUAUCCGAAGGUCUUAAUACUGUUGAGAGUAAAGUUGCACAGCUCCAGGAACAUUUAGCAGCUCAUUCUAGGGGUGCUGCGGCUCUUCAGUUGAAAUCAGAAGCGACUGAAGCUAGUUUAGCAACUGCUAGGGCACUUUUGCAGAAACUUGACACAGAACACUGUGAUUGGCAGAAUCAGUUUGAGGCACUUACGGCUAGAAAGACAAUUUUGGUUGUUGAGGCCGCUGAUGCUGCUUCACUUUUGGUUUAUCAGGAUCCUAGUAAGGAUGAUCAUUGGAGGAGAUCAGUGCUGGAUUUGUUGAUUAAUGAAAGAGAACGUUUACUAUGGAGAGCUCAGGGUUUACCAAUUGACACUGGAAGUUUGGUGGGUGCUGCUUGUGCUCUCCGAGGACCGUUGGUUCCUAUUUUUAUUGAUCCCUCUGGCGUGGCUGUUGCUUGGUUAAGAUCGAACUUAGGAUCCAGGCUUGAAGUUACAAAACCGGAUGAUACCAAAUUCUUGACAACAGUCGAAUUAGCCGUGAGAUUUGGAAAACCCCUUCUGGUAGAGGAUCUUGUUAAUUUUCCCUCCAUUCUACUUCCUUUGCUUCGAAGAAGAUCCCUUAGAUUAGGAGAUAGAAUUCUUUCCUGUCAGCAUGGAUUUCAGUUAUUCCUUGCGACUAGAAGAGAACGAUUAGACGGUCUUCCAAGUGAGGCUGAUGCAGUUUUAUUUAGACUCACCCUUGGCGCUGGUACUAGAAGUCUGGCGGAGAAAUUCAUAGAGAAGGUGAUUUUAAAAGAAACACCGGAAAUAGAAGUUCAACGAAGGGAGGCGUUGGAGAAGGAAGAGAAAUUGGCUGGCGAACGAGAUGCUGCUAGAUUGGAUCUUUUGGUUCAAUUGGGAGCAGCUAAGGGACAGGAUCUUUUACAGGAAGGUGGUUUAUUGUCAUCUUUGGAGGCAACACAGUCGAAAGCCAAGGAAAUUGCACUAGCACUAGAGGAGAGUAGACACAGUUUCGAGGAUGUUACACGAAGAAUGAAGGAACAUGAGAAACUUGCCAAAUUUGCCGCUAGUUUCUUUAAGGCUGUAAAAUUUUUGAAUUCCCUAAGUCCACUUUAUGUCUUCUCCAAUGAAGCGUUAACUGAUAUUUAUUUGGAUGCGGAGAAAGAUCGUAAUUCUCUUAAAGCUGAUGAAAAAGUCGAAAGGGAUAAAUAUCUCGAGAAAAGUUUAGUGGCACUCACACUACAUCAUUGUACGAAAACUGCGUACAGAAAACAUCGUCUUGCUUUAGCUCUUCAUUUAGCGUUGACAAUCUCACCGGUAUCUGAAGCGGAAAAAAAUUUACUACUAAAUGGAGAAAAUUUGGCAGUAAAUAAUUCUACGGAAUUUAAAACACCGGAUUGGAUUCCUGAGGAGAGGAAAGUUGGAGUCAGGGCGCUGACAUCAACAUUGCCUCAGAUAGCAUCGAAAAUGAAAGCCAGUUGGUUUGAAGAUGUAGGUCACAUUUACGCUGAGAACACUAUUAGUCCAUUUGAGAAGGUGUUGGUGAUUCAAGCAAUUCGACCUGAUCAUCUACAUGCUGCUCUCUCCAAAUGGGCAGCUGAUCAGCUUGGUGUUAGAAAUUUAGCUCCACCUACAUGGACUCUAAAAACAGUGGCAGAGGAAUCGGGAACAUAUCCUGUGCUAUUGUUACUGUCUCCCGGAGCUGAUCCGUGUCCGGAAUUAAAAUCCCUUGCCGCUGGUCAUGUAUCACAAGCUGCUGGGUUUAUUGAGGUAUCCCUAGGUCAGGGUCAAGUGAAUCAGGCCGAAGCUGCUCUUCAGGAAGCGUGCAGAAACGGGAGUUGGAUCCUCUUGAGUAAUCUUCAAUUAGCUUUGAAUUGGUUACCUCGUCUUGAGGGAUUUCUACGUUCUCCUAUGUGUACAGUUGACAAAAAUCCAAGCACGAGAAUUUGGUUGACAACCGAGGAAUGUUUAGGAUUCUAUCCAGGUUUAGCGGGACUUUGUCUAAAAUUAGCCUACGAACCACCGGAGGGUGUCAAGAGAAAUGUGAAAAAAUCCCUACAACAACUUGUUCAACAAUCCGAAUUGGGCGAUAGCAAGAAAAUUGUUCUACUAUCAUGGUUGCAUGCAAUUUUACAAGAACGUAGAAAAUUUGUACCACAGGGUUGGAUUAAAGAAUACGAUUGGAGUGAGGCUGAUCUUGAAGCAGCUUGUGAAUUGGUAGUGAAAACAAAUAAUGACGAUUGGGAUGAGGGUAGGGGACUUUUGGAUGUGGCAGUUUAUGGUGGUCGUCUACAGGAUGAUUACGAUAUGAGAGCACUUAGAUCAAUUUUACGAAAUAUUUGGUGUAAUGAAAUUUAUAGAGGUCAACAAAAAUUGGGUGGUAUUCUCAAUGUUCAAGAGGCAACAUUGGGAGAUCCUGUGCGUUCUAUUGAUCGUCUUAAUGAUUUAGAAUCGCCACAAGAUUAUUUUGGAUUACCAGCGAAUGCUCAUAGAACAUGGGAGAAAUCGGCUUCGAAAAGAGCGUUAGCAUUAUUGAAAGAUAUCGUGGUUCGAGUUUCGAGUAAAGAGGAUAAGAAACAUCGAAAAAUUGAAACAAAAACUGAACGAGAUUUGAAGAAUUGGAUUAAUCAGUGUCUUACUGAUGUAAAACCCACGGAGGGAACAAAUCAAAAUCCGUUAAAUGAAUUUUUUAAAGAUGAAAACAAUGUGGCAGUGAAUUUAUUGAGAAUUGUACAAUCUGAUAUUGAAUCGUUACAUAUUGAGGGAAUGAAGGUACCAAAACGUUGGAGUAGUGAAUGGCCUACUGGACCAUUGGAAAUAAUUCCAUUUGUCAAUGGAUUGAUAAACAGGCAUCAGUCACUAAAUUCUCUAAAUUCUUCACUUCCAAAAAGAGUGAAUUUAUUUUGGUUCGCAAGACCUCGAGCAUUUUUAGCGGCAUUGAAACAAUUUACAGCUAGAGAAUGUGGAAAAUCUUUGGAAAAUCUUCGACUCUCUGCCAAUUGGUCCGAGAGUACAACAGCAGAAAAUUGGAAUACUUCGAUUACUAUCGAUGGUCUUCUAUUGACAGGUGCAACAAUAAAGAAAGGAUUUUUGAAACAAGUGACAAUGGAUGAUGCACCAGUGAUAGCAAUUCCGGGUUGUCAAAUAGCUUAUCUACCCAAGGAAAAUGAUGAAAAUUUGGAAAUUUCAGAAGACUUAAAAUUAGAGGACGAUGAAUUUUUGAAUGUUCCUGUUUAUAGUGAUUCACAAAGAAAUUUUUUAAUUUGUUCCCUACCUGUUGGUUGUCCAAGGGACGAAAGGGAUUUGUGGCUUCGUCGGGGAAUUUUUUUUCACUUAACAACUUUUUAGUAGAUUAUAAAAAAACAAAUGUUUUUCUCCAAUUUUAUUGUAAAAUGUCUAAAUCUGUAUUAAAAAUUUGUUUUUGUUAAAAAAAUAUAUGGUAUUCUUUUUGAAAUUUUA